AAUUUUUACUUGCAACUCAAAUUUUAUUUUCGGUUUCAUCUUUCUUAUUUUUGAAUCCGAUUUUAAAAGUUGAUCUAGUUCUUGUUUAAAAACAUAUAAAUCGAUUUUAUAAAAUCUUAUAAACUCUAUUAGAUCAUAUUUGAUCAGAUCCGAAAUUCUAAACCUAAACCCUAAAAUUUCGGAUCUCAAAACCCUAAAAUCCCUCAUAACUUUAGUUUUGUAAUAGACAACAAGCGAUACCCCUUUUAAGGAUGACACGCUAUAUGUCUAAAUCAAAACAUAAAGUCUAUGUUUAACCAAAACUUAAAAUCUGAUUUAAAUCUUUAAAAUCUAAUCCUUAAAGUUAAUAUCAGAUUAAAAGGAAAUUUAAAUCAUAAGAAUUUUUUUUUAAGCAUGUGAUAACAUGACUUUCAUUUUGUAUAAGACAACAAGUGAUACCCCUUAUUAAAGGAUGAUACGCUAUAUGUCUAAAACAAAAUUAGUCUUAUGUUUCCACAUUUUUGAUCAAUGAUCCACACCAUUGUGUGGUUAGAUCUUGAAUUUUUAGUCAAUGAUCCAUACUACUUAGUAUGGCUAGACAAUAAGGUCAAUGAUAGACCAUGGUCGAUGAUGUGUACCUUCCGGUACGACUAGACCACAGGCCGUAUUGGUCGAUGAAGUACCUUCCGGUACAGCUAGCCCACAAGCUGCAUGAGUCAAUGAAGUGUACCCUAGAUGGCCAAAAUCGCAAAUUUGGAUUUUGCACCUCUAAGUGUGAGGGGUGACAAUUACCUACAAUGGGCACUAGAUGUCGAGAUUUCUCUUGGAGCCAAAGGCCUAGAGCAUUGUAUUGUUCCUCAGAACGAAGCUACUAAGAAAGAGAACUCUCAGACCCUCAUGAUCAUCCGUCAUCACAUUGAGGAGAGUUUGAAAGCUCAAUACCUCACAGUGAGUGAUCCAUAUGAGUUAUGGAAAGAGCUUCAGAUGAGAUAUGAUCACCAGAAGACCUUGAUUCUUCCGGGUGCCACUUAUGAGUGGAUUCAUCUCAGGAUUCAAGACUUUAAGUCUGUGAAUGAGUACAACUCAGCCUUAUUUAAGAUAGUCUCAAAACUGAGGCUAUGUGGCGAGACUGUAACUGAUAAGCAGUUGUUGGAAAAGACUUUCCAGACAAUGUCCUCAAGCAAUAUGUUGCUUCAGCAACAAUACAGACAGAAAGGUUUUAAGACCUAUAGUGAGCUCAUCUCAUGUCUAUUGCUUGCAGAACAGAACAACGAGCUGCUCUUGAAGAACAGUGAGCUUAGACCACCUGGAUCUAAGCCUGUCCCUGAGGCAAAUCAUACCUCAAAUGAGCCUAAUGAUGGUGCUGAAGCUAACCAUGUCCGGUAUGACCAUAAGGGCCGCGGAUCCUCAUAUGGAAGAGGACGUGGCCGUAAAGGUCAUGGGCGAGGACGUGGACAAGGUGGCAACAGCAAAGGGCGUAGCACCCCUUAUGACCGUCCAAACCAGUCCAAUAAUGGACAAGGUAAAGGCAGAGGAAAUGGGACUUCUUCAAAGCCACAGAAUCCUGCAAGCUCACCUUGCCAUAGAUGCGGAAUGAUGAAUCAUUGGGCAAAGAAUUGCCGCACAGCCAAGCAUCUGGUCGACCUCUAUCAAGAGAGUCUUAAGGGCAAAAAUCCGGAAGCACACAUGGUGUACAAGGAUGGUGAGGACGAUUUUGAUCAUGACAAGGACGACCUCAUGGACUUUGAGACUUCAGACAUACUCACUAUGCUGAAUGAUGAUCCAGUCGAAUAAUGUGAUGCAUCAAACGAUUUGUGUUUGAAUGUUUUUUGGUGUUUUUAGGCUUUGAGAAAUUUUUUAAGUGCUUUUGCAUUCUAUGUUUUAUUUUAAGAAUAAACUAUGUCUACUUUCAUUUUCAAUAAUAAUAUGAAUGAUUCAGAUUA